CAUUCCGCCUCUCCGAGGGCCUCCUCCGAGCGCCUCCUCCUCCGAGCGCCGCCUCCCGACUCCCGACUCCGAAUUACAAAAGAAAGAUCAAGAACGGCAGCCAUGGCGGAGUCCAGAAGAGAACUACUGGAUCAACCUUCGAGACCGUCGAUCCUUGAGACCCUUCUCUUGGGGAACACGGAUUCUGCGCCCAAAAUCCCACGGAACAAUGCCCAAGUCGAUGGGAACGAGGAAGGAAGGCCUCUCACAACCGCAGUACCUAAGAGUCAAGUUCUUGGAAAAGUGAAAGAUUUUUUAGGAAUUAUGACCAAAGCUAAUGAAAAAUUGGAGCUCGAUACACAAAAGAAUUCUCGUGCAGACUAUGACAUAGAAGUUCUUAAUGGGAAUGAAAAAGAGUACAUAGAGAUGGAUUUGCUUUUGGGUGUUGCUGACCUCCAUACUGCUGAUGCUGUGGCAGCAGCUGAAGCUACAUUAGGUGGCUUUCGACCAACCAUGAACCCUGUUGGUAGCAGCUCCUCUGACACAGAAGAUGAUACUGAUGAUGACAAUGAUAGUGGCAAUGAGGACACAACUUCAUGUAACUUGGACAAGCCUAAGAAAUCAAAUCCAGAAAAUGAUGCGUCAUUGCAUGAUAAUAAGCCAAAUAAGCGACCAAAGAUUGUUGUCCUCCACUGAAAUGGUUGUUUUUUACAGGGAGUGUUCCAUAGCGAUCACCAGAAUGUAAUGAUCGUCACGGAGCAGCAGGUUCAGUCAUUACUUAAUGCUCUGCUCGAUCAUGAGUGUUUUUUUUUUUUUUUUUGGAAGACAACUCAACCAUGAAUUUAAUAUAUGUUUUUUUUAAUUA